UAAAAAACCCAUUACCGACGUCGGACAGUGCUUUACCUUACCCAAACUUAUUACAAACACACCUAUUAACAGCUUUAAUAAACCUUGAAUUAUCUGUGUGAGCGUAAACAUGUCAAAAUCUACUACUACAAAAGACUACUCCUUUAAAUGUGGUCGUCCAGUCGACCACACGUUAUCUACCAGGUGUUUUUCACUGUGAUAUAAAUGGUUGAAGUGUUUUUCGAAGUAAGAAAAUUUUGACUAAGCGUCGAGUGCAGCCAUUUAUGGGAAAAGUGGACCGGAAAUUAGUGCAUCCCCAGUUGAAAGCCAAUUACUUAACAAAACUAUUUUUCUGUUGGACCUUUCCAACACUUGUAAAGGGAUUCACUGACGGUUUUAAAGAAAGCGACGUUUUACACUUGUUACCACAGCACGAAUCUUCCACCCUAGGGGACAAACUAGACAAAGAAUGGUCUCAAGAAGUCUCCUCGAAGGAGAAACCCUCAUUAUGGAAACCCUUGUUGAACAUAUUCGGCAUGGAAUUCUUAAAAGUCGGGCUACUCAUGUUCGUCAACGAAUUUCUGAUAAAGUUGUCGCAGCCCAUUCUGAUAUGGAGACUCAUCAACACCCAUACCGAACAUGGUGGAAAAGAAAAUGAAGCUUACAUUUACGCUUUUUUGAUAGUUCUAUCGUCAUUCCUAGACGUGAUUCUGUACAACUGGAACGUUUUCAAUUUUCGAGUGUUAGCUUUAAAGAUAAGAGUGGCUUGUAGUUCUCUUAUUUAUAGGAAGUCGCUUAGACUAAACAAAAACGGUGUCAAUAAAACAUCAACAGGUCGGAUAGUCAAUUUGUUAUCGAGCGAUCUCAAUCGCUUCGACAAACUCUUCAUACAUAUACAUUACCUGUGGGCGGCACCGGUGGAAUCCGUCGUUAUUUUUUACUUACUGUAUGUAGUUUUGGGGUUGAGUGCGACUGCAGGAGUGGGAAUAUUUGUCAUAUUUGUACCAAUUCAAAGUAAGAUUUUUAUUUUUUUUUGGUUACUAUAUUAUCAAUUAAUUUUGACAAAAUUAAUCAAACGUGUUUCAGUUCUCAUGGGAAAAAAGUACUCCGACUUUCGACUCAAAACGGCUUUAAAAACUGACGACAGAGUGCGUUUGCUGAACGAAAUCGUGUCUGGAAUCCAAGUCAUCAAAAUGUACGCUUGGGAAAAAUUUUUUUAUAAAUUUACCAACAGUCUUAGGAAGUGCGAAAUCCACUACAUUCGAGCGACGGCAUACUUAAAGGCCAUCCAGAACGCCUUUAACAAAUUCGUAGGCACAGGGGCGCUUUUCCUGUGUAUUGUCAUCUACGUGUUCACCGGUAACCACGUGCACUCCCAGUACGUCUUCGUUAUCAAAUCGUUCUAUAACAUUCUUAAGCAAAACAUCACGUUGGAGUUCGCCGAAGCUAUCAAAGAUUUAGCUGAAAGUUUCGUGGCAGUUGAACGGAUCACGACGUUUCUCUUGUCGGAUGAAAUAGUGUCGAAAAAAUCGGAAAAAACACACCCAUCAGUCGGACUAAUCCUGGACAAAGCAUCAGCCAAGUGGUCCUCAUCAAGCUGUGACACUUUAUCCAAUAUCAGUUUGAUAGCGAGAAAGGGGCAACUGGUAACUUUCGUCGGAACGGUUGGUAGUGGAAAAACUAGCCUCAUCAACGUGAUUCUCCAAGAACUAGCGCUAGACCGAGGUACGUUGUCCAUCAAAGGGCGAAUUUCCUACGCGUCGCAAGAACCGUGGCUUUUUGCCACCACCAUCAAGGAAAACAUUUUGUUCGGACUGCCUCUAGACUCGGAAAAGUACAACGAAGUUGUCAAAGUUUGCGCUUUGAGUCACGAUUUUACGCUGCUGCCCUUUGGGGACAAAAGCGUCGUUGGGGAUAAAGGGAUUACGUUGAGCGGGGGACAAAAGGCUAGAAUUAGUCUAGCCAGAACGGUCUACAGAAAUGCAGACAUCUACAUUUUGGACGAUCCUCUAGCAGCUGUUGACGCUUCAGUAGGCAAACAACUCUUCGAACAGUGCAUUUCGGGUUAUCUCAAAGACAAGUGUGUCAUUUUGGCCACCCACCAAAUCCAGUACUUGCAGAAAUCCGACUGGAUUUAUUUGCUGAAAGGUGGGAGGGUUGUGGCUGAAGGGGACUACGAACACAUACGAAACUGUGGCGAAGAUUUCGCCACACUGUUACAAAAGAGGGUGGACAUUGAAGACAAUUUGAAUGACGAUGGGGACAGGAAAGUGUGUCCAGAAGAAACUGAAGAAAGGUUUAAAGAAAGUAAAUGUUGUGGGAAGAUUUCGGUGAAGGUGUACGCAGAGUACUUACUUUCCGGGGGAUAUUGUUACUUUACAACACUCAUACUAUUGUUUGUGCUGUCGCAAAGUACCCAGAGUGGUACCGACUAUUUCCAAUCAUUUUGGGUCAAUAUUGAAGAAAGUACCAACAGAACUGUCACCCAGUCGGCAUUUUUUACCCCAAAUAACUGUAUUUAUAUUUAUUUGGGUCUGAUAACUUUGGUACUUUUAACAUCGAUUAUAUCUUCCAUUUCGUUCUAUUCUUACUAUAUGACGGCCUCUAUCAACCUCCAUAAUAUGAUGUUCUCUGCCAUUAUGAAAACCCAGCUUCAAUUUUUCUACACCAAUCCAACCGGCUCUAUAUUGAAUAGGUUUUCUAAAGACUUAGCAAAUGCAGACACUAAUGUACCGAAGUACUUGAUCGACUCUUUGCAGAACGGAUUGAGCGUGUUAUCAAUAUUUAUCCUCGUAGGAAUCGUCAAUCCUUGGAUGCUUCUGUGUUCCGUUUUCUUGAUAGUGCUCUUCUACUUCAUCCGAAUCGUCUACUUAUCAACGUCUCGAGAACUAAAGAGACUAGAAGCCAUUAGUCGCAGCCCUGUCUACUCCCACCUCACCGAGUCUCUCCACGGCCUAGAAACCAUCCGAGUCUUCGAAAAAAACACCCAACAGAAACAAACUUUUGAACGCUUCAUUGACAACAACACUGCCGUUUUUUACUUGUAUAUCUCAAUCGCUACAACUUUCCGCUUCUGGUUGAGCCUCUUCUGCUCCUUCUAUGUCACUCUAGUCACCGCUAGCUGCUUCUGGGGCGCCAAAAUCUACGGCGGCAACCUCGGACUGAUAAUAACCCAAGCCACCAAUCUCGCUGAACAGAUUAACUGGGGCAUGAUCCAGUGGAGCGAGUUCGAGAACGAAAUGACUUCCGUUGAAAGACUCAUCCAAUACAAAAACAUCGAGCCUGAGGAAGACACCGCAAAAGACAAAACGUGGCCCUCACUGACUUCCAUCGAGUUCAAGAACGUCUCUCUACGAUACAAGGAAGACAUUCCGCCUGCACUAGACAAUCUUUCUUUCGCUAUAGCCCCGAAAGAAAAAGUCGGAAUAGUUGGAAGAACCGGUGCCGGGAAAACCUCGAUCAUCUCGGCUUUGUUCCGUCUGGUGAAGUUCGAAGGGACGAUUCUUGUAGGUGGGGUUAACAUCAAAGACUUGUCACUGGAUAGUGUGAGGUCAAAAAUUUCUAUCAUCCCUCAAGAGCCGGUUCUGUUUUCUGGAACGGUUCGACAAAAUCUGGAUCCGUUUGGGAGGUUCACAGAUGGCGAAUUGUGGACGGUUUUGGGUGAUUUGGAACUAAAACAGUUCGUGACGGAGCUUCCUGGAGGACUGGAAGGUUGCAUUCUUGAAAGGGGGUCCAAUUUGAGUGUGGGUCAAAGGCAGCUGUUUUGUCUAGCGAGGGCUUUGCUGAGGAGGAAUGACAUUUUGGUGCUCGAUGAAGCUACAGCAAGCUUGGAUUACAAAACUGACUCGUUGGUACAAAGCACUCUUAAAAAUAAGUUGGUGGAUUGUACCGUGGUGAUCAUUGCACAUAGACUGUAUACGAUUAUGGACUGUGAUAAAGUACUGGUGAUGGAGGCCGGAAGGACUUCGGAGUUUGGGCACCCGUUCAAGCUUUUACAGAAUGAAAAUGGGGCUCUAUAUGAUCUGGUUUCCAAGUUGGGGACAAAUAUGGCGAAGCAUCUCAAGGAGAUUGCGGAAAAGAAUUAUUUUAAACGUCACGAAAGUAGUCGUUUGUGACACUAGGAAAUCCUGACAAUUAAUAAAAUAGCAACUAUUUUUUUAUACGAAAUGUACAUAUAAGUUAUAAUAAAUGUAACAAAAUCUA